GCUGAUCCCAUCCCCAUCCCCUCAUCUCCAUCUCCACUUAAUUAUAAUCAAUCAAUCAAUCUUCUCGGAACCAACUUCCAUCACAUAUCAUAUCAUAUCCUCCUCACUCCUUCUAAGCUCCUCCUCAGUCCUCGGUCCUCCCACAUUGUCUCCCGCUUCUUAUAUAUAACGGCCAAAUGUACAGUUACACUAGCUAGCUUGUAGAAGUAAUAUACUAUAUACGUUCACUUGUUAACUAGUAGUAUAUACAAGUCACAAACACCUGCACACCUGCUUUGAUCGCCAUGCUCCAGACCACCGUCUUUUUUCCGUCUUCCAGAGCCCUUCCACUCAACAUCAACCACAGGAUCAUCUUCUCACGCGGACGGGGAUGUGGAUGGGGACGGGGGUCUGUGCGUCCUAACAGCAGCACUAGUGGAAGUAGUAACACUGCAUCCCCAUGGAGUACAAAACCUGUCUUUGAAGAUGGUAUUCUCAGUGUCGAUGGUAACGAUGUGUUGACACACGUGCCUGACAAUGUGGUCGUCACACCAUUGACCGACUCAUCCGCAUUCGUCGGUGCCACUUCUCAAACUGCUUCUUCACGUCAUGUUUUUAAGCUUGGACUCGUACGGGAUGUCAGAUUGCUUAGUCUUUUUAGAUUUAAACUUUGGUGGAUGAUACCAAGAGUGGGCAAUACAGGAAGUGACAUCCCAGUUGAAACUCAGAUGUUGCUCCUGCAAGCAAAGUCAGCCGAAGAAGCUACUCCUCCUAAUUAUAUCUUAUUCUUGCCAGUUCUAGAUGGUGAAUUUAGAAGCAGCUUGCAGGGGAAUUCAUCGAAUGAACUUGAGUUUUGUGUCGAAAGUGGUGACCCAGCUAUCGUUACCUCCCAAUCCCCAAAAGCAGUUUUUGUGAAUUGCGGGAACCAUCCUUUCGAUCUGAUGAAGGAAUCUAUGAAGAUUUUGGAGAAGCAUUUUGGAACUUUCUCUCUUAGAGAAUCCAAACAGAUGCCUGGAAUGCUAGAUUGCUUUGGCUGGUGUACCUGGGAUGCCUUUUAUCAAGGGGUUAAUCCUCAAGGAAUCAGAGAUGGCCUGAAAAGUUUAUCAGAGGGUGGUACUCCAGCGAAGUUUUUGAUAAUUGACGAUGGAUGGCAAGAUACAUCAAAUGAGUUCCAAAUAGAAGGGGAACCAUUUGUUGACGGAUCACAGUUUGGUGGUAGAUUAAAUAGCAUUCAAGAAAAUAACAAGUUUCGUAGGACAACUAAUAAAGAGGGUGAAAGUGAGACGCCAAGUAGUCUCAAGGAUUUUGUAUCUGAAAUCAAGGGGACUUUUGGUCUUAAGUACGUCUAUGUGUGGCAUGCCCUGUUGGGAUACUGGGGAGGGCUUCUUCCAAAUGCUCUUGGAACUAAAAAGUACAAUCCUGAGCUAAGAUACCCAGUGCAGUCACCUGGGAAUUUGGCAAAUAUGAGGGACUUAGCUAUGGAUUGCAUGGAGAAAUAUGGUGUUGGUACAAUAGAUCCUGCAAAGGUGUAUCAGUUUUAUGAUGAUCUACACGGUUAUCUUGUUUCACAAAACGUUGAUGGGGUUAAGGUUGAUGUUCAGAACAUACUGGAGACGAUAUCAGCUGAUUUAGGAGGGCGAGUUUCUCUGACCAGACAGUUCCAACAGGCACUGGAGAAGUCCAUAGCCACCCACUUCCAAGACAACAGCAUCAUCUGCUGCAUGGGCCAAAACACGGACUCCAUUUACCAUUCAAAAAGAAGUGCUAUUACUCGAGCAUCUGAUGAUUACUACCCGAAAAACCCAACAACACAGACACUGCACAUAGCUGCUGUGGCUUUCAACAGCAUAUUCCUUGGUGAAGUUGUUCUCCCAGAUUGGGACAUGUUCUAUAGCCGUCAUGAAGCAGCUGAGUUCCAUGCUGCUGCUAGAGCUGUGGGAGGAUGCGGAGUCUAUGUUAGUGACAAACCUGGCCAUCAUGAUUUCGAGAUACUUAAAAGGCUUGUACUUCCUGAUGGAUCAAUUCUGCGAGCUAGAUUCCCCGGGAGGCCAUCACGGGAUUGUUUAUUUGUCGACCCCGUUACAGAUGGGAAGAGCCUUCUAAAGAUAUGGAAUUUGAACAAAUACAAUGGAGUUUUAGGCAUUUUCAAUUGCCAAGGAGCAGGGAACUGGCCUUGUCUAGAACAAGUUGUUCCGGUAGAAGUUAGUGCUGAAGUGUCUGGGAAGGUGACCCCUGCAGAUAUUGAGUAUUUCGACGAGGUUUCUGGCAAGCUGUGGACAGGAGAUUGUGCGGUCUAUUCCUUCGCAAAAGGGCGUCUGUCUCGGUUACCAAAGGAUAAGUCAUUUGACGUUGCAUUAAGAGUUCUCCAAUGCGAUGUCUUUACUGUAUCUCCUAUUAAGGUUUACAAGCAAAACAUUGAAUUUGCAGCGAUUGGAUUAUUGAACAUGUACAAUUCCGGUGGAGCUGUUGAAGCAGUUGAGUGCUUUAGUCAUAACUCUAGCAGUGAAAUACACAUUAAGGGAAGAGGAGGUGGUAGCUUUGGCGCUUACUCUAGUUUAAAGCCCAAAGCUUGCUCAGUGAACUCCAAAGACGACGAGGAAUUUGAAUUUAGAGAUGAAGACGACAAUCUUUUAAAAGUAACAGUUCCUGCCACAACUAGUUGGAAAAUUGUUCUACAUUAUUGAUUCAGAUAAGUAUUUUAGUUUAGACGGAUUCAAAUUUAAUAAUCUUAGACAGUCUUAGCUUGAAUAAUAUAUUUGAAUUCGUAUUUAUGUGAAAAAAAAUAUAAAAAGUGAUACAUGAAUUCGCGUGUAUAGUCAUUUCAAAUUUAUAAUGUCGCGGGGGUGUUUUUGGUGUGUGGUCGGAAACCAUGCGACCGAGUCAUCCGUACUCCAUACCAAUAAAAAAUCCCAUACUUUGCUGCUCUAUACAGAAAGGCUGGAAGAAAUACUGUAUGAACAAAUACUAAUGGUAUAGACGUGAUUUCACAACUAUCAGAUUUUGAUUUUCCCCGGCAGACGAGAAACGCUUCCAUAUGCAAAAGCACUUUACUCUUAUGAAGAAUGAAAGGGACAGAAACUAUGGGAGAAGAUCGCGACCAUGCAUACAUUGAUAAUUGGACGUUAUUCAAAGUUUACCAUGCAUACAUUGAUAAUUGGACGUUAUUCAAAGUUUUCCAAGGCUCAAAUUUCAUCUCUAUAGUCUCUAGGUAUAGGUACUAGGUACCGACUCCAGGACUCGGUUAUUUUGAAAGACAAUCGUGUAUUGGGAAAAUUCAAAUCGAAGGUAUUAGCCACCAUCGGUUUUCAGCAUGCAACGUAUAGAAACGCCAAGAUCAGCACCAAUAAAUAACGAUGAGUAACUGUCUAUUCACAAUCUGCAGUUUCAUUCAACAAGCUAACCUUAAAUGACUAAUUUACAAUCAAAUUAGAACAUGACAAGGAAUUAUACAUGUAUUUCCAUUUUAAGACGUUUAUACAAAGAAAGGAUCCAUAAUCUUCAUAUUUAACCACACAAAAAAAAAAAAAAAAAA